AUGCGCAUCGGCGAAACAUCCCAUCCUAAGUGUUCUCCUGUAUCCGCGACUACCACGUCGCCGUCGACGCUCGGAUCGUCGUUCAAACGUUGGAAGUCAGUUGUGAAUGUUGACAACAAACGCGCGCUCAGGGACAUUCUGCACGCGUGGCGUCGCGAAACGCUCAAAUCGUCCGACGAACGACGGGAUUUGAUCGCCACCGUGCUCGCGCUACGUACGGAGGUGCUCGCGCACGUGAUGCGGGCUUGGUAUCGGGUGACGAGGGAACGGAAGGCGCGCGACGCCGCGGUGCACGAAGCGCUGCGUCGAGCGGCGACGCGGCGCAAGAGAGACGCGGUACGAGCUUGGCAUCGAUACACGAGAGAGACGAAUCGUAGACGAAUAAAAACGGAGGCGAUGGAACGGGAAAAGGAGGCGUUGGAGAUGAAGCUGCGAUUGGCGAGCGCCGAGGCCGAGCGAGACGCCGCGCUCGAGCGUGCGAGAGGGACGGAGAAGUUGUAUCGAGCGGUUGAUUUCAACAGCAAUAAGAUUAGAGAGCGGUGGGAGCGCGAGCGGAACGCGGAGCGAGAGGCCAGGGCGAUCGCACUGAGGGAGACGGCAGGUGCCGUGUUGGACGGGUGCGACCGACGCGCGCUCCAGAGCAUGCUUUGGAAGCUCAGGGAACAUUACGUACAGGAACUGCGCUCACUUUGA